AUGGAGAACGAACGUACGUUGGAACUGGGCAACCAGAAGCUGAACGAGGUGCAGGACAAACUUGCGGAAAAGGAACUAAAACUGACCGAAGCCAGAGUCGUUAUACAGAAAUUAAAAGACGAAAUACACGAGGCGAAGAUGUCCGCGUUGAGAGAAUCGUCUGACGUUCGCAGCAUCGCGGAGGAAGAGGUCGAACGUCUCAAGACAGAACUCGCUUCAAAGACGGAUGCCCUGAAGGAAAGGGAUCUAGACGUGGUUCGCUUGGAAUCGGAUCUGAAAGCCGCGAGGAGAAAGUCGAAGCAGCCGCCACAGGAAGAGAGCGGCAGCGAGCUGCAGCAAAAGCUGCAGGAAGCCGUCCGCAAACUGAAAGACCGGGAGAGAUCGCACGCCGACAUGAAAGAGGAGUUGGAAGAGAAAGACGACAAAAUCAGCGUGCUGAAGAAAGAGUCGACGCUCGCCAAGACAGCGAUGUCCAUGUACGAAAAGCGGGUGGAUGUCUUGGAAGAAAACCUGAAAACGGCUUGCAAGCGAUACGACUAG